AUGGCCGAAAUUAAUAGCAAUCAAACCUCUCCCUCUACUUCCCCCAAGGGCCGGUCGUCUCUCCCGACCAAAGCUCCCUCGACUACACUGACGACUAGUCCCACGAGACAGAACAAAACACAAGCUACUAUGGCAGCAAGUACCCCCGAUAGUCGAGAGGCAUCAUCAACAGCGGUAGCAAGGUCACAUAUGGCACCCUCGAUCGAUACACAUAUGACCGACGAUGAUUCUGCAUCUGCUACGUCUACUAAGCUGCAUCGAAAACGAGCGUACUCCAUUGACGUCGAAGAAGCCAAUCAACCCCGGAUACAAGAUCUCCGACUCUAUACACCGACCACGGCAAAUUCAAAUACGAGCGAAGGGCCAAGAGAAUUGAUAUGCCUCUGUACGAAGGCUCCGAAAGUUCCUAGGCCACGCAAUGCUUUUAUUCUUUAUCGACAACACUACCAAGGCCAAGUCGCGGCCCGGCAUCCGGGCCUUGCAAAUCCCGAAAUCUCGAAGCUUAUUGGCGAGCAGUGGAGGGAACAACCUGAGGAGAUUAAGAACAACUGGAAGCGACUAGCGGAAGAAGAGAAGAUACGCCACCAGCGUCAGUAUCCAGACUAUAGAUACCAGCCUCGUCGAGGGGGAAAGGCCGCAGGUAGCCGACCGUUACCUGCGACCGGCGAGGAUCCUGGCCACUGCCCCAAGUGUGGUGGCCGUUACAUCGCAACACCUAGGACACCAUCUACUCCUUUUAGUGCUGCGACGCCCGAGCUCUCAAGACCCGGACCUAAUAUGCCCCCCUAUGUAACACCAAAUCCACGGGUGAUAGAGACAGACCACCUACGACGAGGAUCUUCCUCUAGCACAAUGUCACUCGACGCACACGACCGUAGAUACACACAACCGCACCUCCAUAACAUCGACGAGGACUACCCGAUGAUGUCGCCGGUAGCAGAAACGAAACGACGUCGUUUCAACGGACCGAACAUACUUGUCCCUAGAUCACCGCCCAUGGGCUACAUGCCAGCAGACCCUCGUUACCAGCGGCCAUCUUUCAGCCAGCCACCUGUAACAGCGGCGGGUUACGCGCCUGGAGGAUCGUUGCCUAGGAUGCAGUACCAGCAACAUGGCUAUCCGAACCAAUCUCAUAUGCAACCACCGCCGCGUCCUUCAGUAGUAUAUCAGCCUGUCUCGACCUCAAGCCGUCACAAUGCUGGAUUUGUUGACGAGUCACUUCGAUUACCUCCAUUGCAGACGCAGUUACCAAACUCACCCGCGAUGAGCUCAGAGUCAGGCUCGGGACGUGUGGUCUCCGCUGCUCAGCCUUCCCAUGGCACUGGCCUGGGAAUUGUUGAUGGUGCCGGCGCUCCGGCUAGACAAUCGCAACCACAACUGCAGCAGCAACAGCAGCACGGCCCAUCAAAAUGGUCAUUCCUAUUAAAACUUGAUGUGUUGCGAGUUGUCAGCCCACCGUUGCAACCCCCACCCUCCGGAGAACCAAUGUUCGAAACACGAGGUCCUCUCAUUGCUAUCGAGGGCGCAACACCGUCUGUUCUGAAGGAGGUAGCCUCUGUAGUUGAGAAAUCACUAUCUAUCUCAGGCGACUACGCCGUGAAAACAUGGACGGAAGAAAACCAGGGUAGUAUAAGGGAGACCAGCGACAGGGACAGCAGCGAUGAGCAACAUGAACAAGAACCAAUCGAAAAAGGCUUGUCGAAGCGGACGGGACACAUAAGUCCACUAGCGACUUACGUUACCCAGAUGUUAAAAUGGCACAAGACGUCCGAGGAUUUGAUAAAAUACAUUACGAAUAAUCCACCUGCUACGGGCAGUGAGACGGGUGAAAGCGCUAGAGCUGCUGAAGAAGCACCAUUGAAAUCUAGCCCUAGGCUACCCGUCGCUAUUGUAGCGGAUGGGUACAGUAUGACUGUCUCAGAAAGAUACGCUAGCUCACUGCAUGUUAAUGACGCCUAUCGGGCUGAGGACCACUGGCAGUGGGUAGCGACACUGUGGCGGGGUAUUAUAGGGCCUGACUUGACCAUAUACGUUAAGAAGGGUACAGAUGCAGAGUUACAAGGUAACAACUGUGUUGAAUUCGUCAAUUCGGCUGUCAUGGUGUUACGUGUAGCCGAGGGGAAGGGUGUAGAUGAGAAGUUAGAGAGACGGCUCGGCUUCGAGAUCAUCGAAUGGGUGCGCAAUGGGAGCUUCAGAGCUGGCCAUAUGACUCGCUCAUGAUGUCCUUUUUUGAUUUGUGAUUUUGGUUGACUCUCUAUAGGAGGGAAAUAAAAGGAGGAUACUAGACGGGAUACAAUAUUCGGCGCUGGAAAUGACUUCACUAAUGAUGUCUGUACGUACGGAGGAUUGGAAUCAUGUAAUAAAUCGAGUUGGAAACAGGCUGGAAAUAGGUUAACAUACCCUACAUAUUGUUCGUA